UAAAGAGCCGGAACUCAUGGCUGUUUAGGAAAUGCGGAGAGUGAUAUUCCUGUUUCGGUCUCAAUGACUCCCGCAUAUAUAAGUGCACUAAAUAGGGUAUAAGGUAGCAGCUUUUACACCCCGUGUCCGAGCUGUUUGGGGUUUUAAUCUCAUUCUUCAGCUCUCACUGUAGUCAGGGUUUAACGCAUGCGCUCUGUGAUGGUCAAUAAGUGCCUUUAUUCAUCACACAGCUCGGUGAACACAAAAAAGUUAUAUGGUGUGUGUGUAGGUGGAGUUGAGUGCUAUGGCAGGAAGCUCCCAGGCAGAGAAACACUUCAGAUUUGUGGUCGUAGGAGGAGGAAUUUCAGGGGUCACUUGUGCAGAACAGCUGGCCUUCCAGUUUCCUAAGGAGGAAGUUGCUCUUCUGACUGCUGCUCCACUGGUGAAGACUGUGACUAAUUUAAGACAGGUUUCCAAGACUUUGGAGGACUUUGAUGUGGAAGAACAGCCAUCCAGCAUCUUGGAGGAGAAGUAUCCUAAUCUGAAGAUUAUUCACUCAGCAGUCAGAGUCCUCCAUGCAAAACAGCAUGUGCUGCAAACUGAGGAUGGACAAAACCUCCAUUAUGAGAAGCUGUGUGUGUGCACCGGUGCCAGGCCGAAACUCAUCACUGAGAAGAACCCUCAUGUGCUGGGCAUACGGGACACAGACAGUGCCCAGGAUUUUCAGAAGCAGCUUUCCAAAGCCAAGCGCAUGAUGGUCAUUGGGAAUGGAGGAAUUGCUUUGGAAUUGGUCUAUGAAGUGGAGGGCUGUGAGGUGAUCUGGGUGAUAAAGGACAAGGCCAUAGGGAAUACGUUCUUUGAUGCUGGAGCUGCUCAGUUCCUCAUCCCCUCACUGGAGGUGGGGAAGUCUGAGAAAACACUGCCCUGCAAAAGAGCACGCUACACCACCGACAGAGCCGCAAAACCUAAAGCAGGUUCACCAGAUCUUGGUAGUGCCUUAGGUCCAGACUGGCACCAAGACAUCAGUCUAAGAGGAGCAGAGGAGGUUUCACACAACGUGCAUGUAGAGUAUGAGUGUGAGCUUGAAGCAAUCCACUCCCAGCAAGACUUCAUGCAAUCACCACUCUAUACACAGAACAGUGAUUUAGGGGUGUGGCCAGAGUAUGCACAGCUAACUAAUGGGAAGGUAUAUGGCUGUGACUUCAUAGUCAGUGCUACAGGUGUGGUGCCAAAUAGCAAACCUUUUCUUCAAGGUAACAAUUUUAAGCUAGCAGAGGAUUGUGGCCUAAGGGUAGAUGAGCACAUGCGGACGUCUGAACCAGAUGUGUAUGCAGCUGGAGAUGUGUGCAGUGCAGGCUGGGAGCCUAGUCCCCUUUGGCAGCAGAUGCGAUUGUGGACUCAGGCACGUCAGAUGGGCUUCUACGCUGCGCGCUGCAUAGCAGCCCACGUCCUGGAGGAGGCCAUCGAGCUGGACUUCUGCUUCGAGCUCUUUUCACACAUCACCAAGUUCUUUAACUACAAGGUGGUGCUGCUGGGCAAGUUUAAUGCUCAGGGCCUGGGCUCGGAUCAUGAACUGCUGGUGCGCUGCACUAAAGGCCUGGAAUAUGUGAAGGUGGUGUUGAGUCGAGGGCGCAUGGUGGGGGCUGUCCUUAUCGGAGACACUGACUUGGAAGAGACCUUUGAGAACCUCAUCCUCAACCAGAUGGAUCUGUCCUCAUAUGGGGAGGAGUUGCUUAACCCUGACAUUGAUAUUGAGGACUACUUUGACUGAAUUAAGAUGCUGAGGAUUCUGCAUUAGGAUUAGGGAUUGUGCAGGUGCAUAUAAAGUUGAAGUUGUAACAUUUAUAAAACAGGGAUAAUGCACCUCUACCAAUGUAAGUGCAACACUAUUUGAAAUUAGCUGUAUGUGGGUUCUUUAAAGUGUUUUUUUUUUUUUGUUUUUUUUUAAAUAAAGGUAACUUUAUUGCCAGUAUUGCAAUA